CUGGGGAUGGCGUUUGAAAAACACCGCAUCGGGGUUUACACGAACAGUCAGUUUGAGGAGGAUACAAAACUCACAGGCAUAAAUCUCUGUUUAAGGAAAACUUCGUGUAUAUAAAGUUCUCACAAGUAGCCUUAGCUAGCAGCUGGAAACAAGUCAACUCGAAGCGGUUAAUGUUAAAUCCUUAGCUAACUAACGUUAGCUCUGGGCCGCUAGCUCUCGUAAACAGAAUUCCAAAGGCACCAUCAUCAGGAAUGUUGAGUGUCAACGUAUUUUACCAGAACGCUAACGUUAGUUAGCCCUGGAUACGUCGAUUGUCCACCCUUUGCAGUUCAAACAACUGACGACAUGGGUCUUAUAUUUGCCAAACUGUGGAGUUUCUUUUGCAAUCAAGAACACAAGGUGAUUAUUGUCGGUUUGGACAACGCUGGAAAGACCACCAUACUGUACCAAUUUCUGAUGAAUGAGGUGGUCCACACAUCGCCCACCAUAGGGAGUAAUGUGGAGGAGAUAGUGGUGAAGAACACCCACUUCCUCAUGUGGGACAUCGGGGGACAGGAGUCUCUCCGGUCCUCCUGGAACACCUAUUACUCCAACACAGAGUUUAUCAUCUUGGUGGUGGACAGCACAGACAGAGAGAGGCUGGUGAUCUCUAAAGAGGAGCUCUACAGGAUGUUGGCUCACGAGGACCUGAGAAAGGCAGCUCUGUUGAUAUUUGCCAACAAGCAGGAUAUGAAGGACUGCAUGUCGGCGGCGGAGAUCUCCAAAUAUCUCACCCUCAGCUCCAUCAAAGACCACCCCUGGCACAUUCAGUCGUGCUGCGCGCUCACAGGAGAAGGCUUGUGCCAGGGCCUGGAGUGGAUGACCUCGAGGGCGGGACUAAGAUAGCCCCUUCCCCUCAUUGGACGUUUGACUGACUAUCUUUUCGCAUUCCAGCCUCUCCCUAUUAGCUGCUUUAAAAAAAACACAAAAAAAACAUACCUUUAACCUCAAGGCUGCACGGGAAGCAAGUGUUGCUUCUCUCCCCACUACAUCAACUUGACCUUACCUGGGUCAUGUUCAUUCGGCACCAAACGGAAGAAAACAAACCGAAAGAGGAAGGGACUACCUGAACUUGUCCAAUUAGAAACGCUCUUUUCCAUUGUCCAUUGCAAAAUGUUUUGCUACGGUGUGCUGUAAUGAAUACCACACUAAUAUAAGGGAGCUACCCUUGUUAACUAGACCGUCUUACUAAACCACAUGGACUCUUUGCUACCUGGAUGUGGUCAAGCUGAUGGUAAACCGCAGUAGAACCACAGCCAGAAGGAGAACACUUCUCCUCUAAGACUGGAAUACUAACAGUGUCCACUGGAAGUGAUGGACACACCAUCACCACUACAUAUCAUGAUCAUAUAUCAUAAUGCCAUAUUAGGACCUGGAUUGACAUUUGGGUCUCUUGAAUGUUGUGUGGGGCAGUGUUGCAUCAAUCAUGUAUUCAUUUGUCUGUCUAUUUUGAUGCCUACUAUACGGAGGCCUACACCAAACAGUGUCUACCUACUUGCUUUCUUAUGUUAGUCAGGUUAGCCUGUUUAUUCAGGUUAACUUAUUUAGGUUGGUGGAAAGGAAUGGGUUUAUCAUGGUGAAUAGGCACAGGGUAGGAUCAGUAACACAAUGGUAUUCUAUGUUGGUUAUAGUAUUGGAAGUCUGUUACAAUACAUGUAUUUUGGUUUAGGCCUAUGUGUGCAGGAUGGCAUAUUCAAGAUGUUUUCGCUACUUUUUUAUGAUUUUUUUUUAAUUUCAUGGUGAGUAGUCAUCAGGGCUUACUACACAUGGUCUCUGUCUUUCAUAAGAUGUAAAGGUGGUGGUUGUUCUGAACUCACAACAGGACUAGUUGGUACUGUAACCGUGGUUGGAGAAGUGAGUCUGGGGAUGUGUCCCAAAUGGCACCCUAUUCCCUAUAGUGCACUACUUUUAACCAGGGCCCAGAGGGUUCUGGUCAAAAGUAGUGCACUAUAUAGAGAAUAGGGUGCCAUUUGGGAUGCACCCUGGGUACAAGCCUCGUGAUGCUUGUUCCUUUGUGACUGUGGGAGCCACUGUAUUAUUGGGAUGGGUUCAAGAAAAAGACCCAUGGACAUGAAUAGUCAUAUUGAAUUUGACUUCUCAAGCAAAUGUCCCUGGAUCUGUUUUCCUAAGCACUCAUUCACACCGGAAACAAACUGAGUGCUAACUAGUGCUGAGCGAUCAACCAAAAUGUCGGUUAUUUUUAGGUUUUUAAAUAACUCAUUGACCGACGUAGGUUCAAUUAUUUGAAUUCCAUUUCAUUCUGGGUUUUUCUGUGAGCUCAAUGCACACAUUGCACAGUUUCUCUACAGAUUAAUCAGAUCAAGCCCGAACUGUGCGAUGUAGUAGGGAGUUGUAGUUUCCAACAGGCCAAUAUUUGACACAGCGCAGAAAACUCAGUAAUUAAUUACAAUGACCAUAAUCCAUUGCGUGCCUACUUGUCCGGUCUGUGUUUCUUUUACUCCUGCUAUGUUAGGUUAGUG